GCCUGAAAGGCAACAUUGCCCGACUGUGUCUGUCGCCAUUGAGAACGAGUGCUGAGUUGUUAUGGUGGAUAUUGUUAGUUAAAUGGUCACUAGUUUUUACUACCGAGUCGUCGAAGAAAAGAUUACAAUCUUUACAUGGUUUUAAAACAGACUGAGUAUUAGUAGACUAUAUGUGUUUAUUUAAACGUCGUUUCGUCUUUUACAGGCGCUGCGCGCGGCUGACAUUUCUCGUCCAGGCUCUUUGUGUGUCGACAAUGGUCUGGUUGGAGUGAUUAAGGGCGAAAAGGAGGGGACAGACGGGAUUUCAACAUUUAGAUAACGAGGACUUUGGAAAAGGGAGAUGGGAAACUGUCUAAAAUCUCCCACUUCGGAUGACAUCUCCUUGCUCCACGAAUCGCAGUCAGACAGGGCCAGUUUCGGUGACGCCAACGAUCCCGAUCUGGAACCGCCGCCUCCAUAUCAGGAGCAGAUUCACGUGCCAGUUUACCACCCGACUCCCAGCCAGGCCCGACUGGCGACUCAACUGACUGAAGAGGAGCAGGUGCGGAUCGCUCAAAGAAUCGGCCUUAUUCAGCACCUUCCUAAAGGUGUCUAUGAUCCAGGCAGUGAUGGCACAGAGAAAAAGAUUCGAGAGUGUGUGAUCUGCAUGAUGGACUUUGUGUAUGGCGAUCCCAUCCGGUUCCUCCCCUGCAUGCACAUUUACCACCUGGACUGCAUAGAUGAUUGGCUGAUGAGAUCCUUCACGUGUCCUUCCUGUAUGGAGCCUGUAGAUGCUGCCUUGCUCUCAUCCUACGAAACUAAUUGACUACUGCCUGAUGUCCCUACACCCUGCACACACAAACACACACAGUCAGCUCUUGAGUCCUGUUUUCACAUUGCCCAAACUGUGGAAUGGUUUGCAUGUGGCAAUAUGGGAUAGAGGAGGACCUACUGAUCCUUUUACCUCUCCUGCGUUGUCCUGCUGGACAGGUAAACCCACAGGAGACGGUUUUGCACCCUGCCGACUUUAUCACGGAUUUCCUUUCUCCCUUAAAUGACACCGAGCCGGUCACGCGCCAUUCCACAGUAGCAACACUUACACUGGAAGGAGACAAACUAUCGAGAAACAUACUGGAGGACUCGCAUAUAAUGACGUGUUCAACAUUUAAUCUCUAUUUCUUUCUUUCUCAGUGUGUUUCCAUUAAGGGCUCAUUUGGUUUCUGAUGAAAGCGCUGUGGAGCAAAACAGUAAAUUGCAUUGCACACACAAAUACAAAAAAUGAAAGAGAAAUAUCCCAUAGUAAAUUUUGCACUUUUGUCUUCGAUACUAUCCUGACUAUAGAGAUGCGCACGCAGGAGUCAUCCCUUGCAACUUUUAUUUAACAAUCUUAAGGUAGUUUUUGAGUGUGUGUGUGUGUAUGUUUGUUUUAAUCUGCUUUAAAAUUGUGCUUUUUUCAAAAAAAAAUUUUAAUUGUCAUUUUUUUUAUUUCCUUUGUUUCGAUAGUACUUGUGAGUACCCUGACUGAAUGGACAGUUUUGUUACAGACACUCCUACACUGUUUCCAAAACCGGGUGUGAUGUGAAAAUCUUGUUCUUCUACACCUGAUUUUUCAAAACAAUGGGACACGUUGUUAAUCACCUGUUUUUUGCGACAUCUUGGUGGGUCCACAUAGUUUUAAAAUCACAAUUUCUAUUUGUGUAAUAAUAACUAGCAUAAAAAACAUAUUUACAGACAAACACUGAAGCCUGAUGAGGUCAAUGAUGUGAUAUUGGUAUGAUUAAUGCAAUGUAGGCCAUUGUGAAAGUACACAGAUGAGUGUGCAAAACCGCUUGUUUCAUCUUCGUUUAGAGACUCUGCUUGUGCUCGUGUAUUUUGUUAACCUUAUUAUAAUUUUAUAAUAUUAUAUAUAUAUAUAUUUUAUUGUUCCUAAUUUUAAUUCCCAAUAUCACAAGCUUUGAAAUUAGUCCGUAUGACAUCAUACAGUUAAUUCAAUAAACACAUCAGAUUCAGUUGAGUAAAUAUGUGUGUGUUUAUUAUUUUAUUUUGAUUCAUGGCUAAUUAAUUUGUCAACGAGCAGACAUGCAGGCAGUAGACGUUCACCCCAACCCAAGAUGCGUAGGUUUGCUUGUUCAUUAUUUAUUCCAAAUGAAUAAUUAAUUGGUGUCCACCUGUGUUUGGUGUCCAGACGUCUGACUUUCUCUCUACACUCUCAGAAAAAAAGGUAUAAAAGCGGUCACUGGGAUGUUACCUGUUUAACGGUUCCCACAGGUCCUUGAAAUCCUUUUAAGUUUGUGAAUCUGUGGGAAAAAAUGCAAGGCCAUGGGACGUUUUUGAAAAUAUACAUACAUAGAUACAGGUCAUUGAAAGUGCUUGAAUCUAUUUUAUGCAAGAAGUUUUCUGGGGAAAAAAAUCCAUAUUAUUCCCUGUGUAGUGUAGGAUAAUAUCAUAAAAAUUCUAGACUUUAAGCACACGUGCUAAACUGUUUGCUUUACAUGCUUAAUCUUCUGUAAGCGAAUGUUGAUUCUGAUUCAAGUUGUGUUUGACACAUGAAAAUGUCUCUGGUUUCGUAUGUAACUGUUGUUCCCUGAGAAGGGAACGAGACGCUGCGUCUCCCUUGCCAUACUUCCUGCGUCCCUGUAACGCCGUCUUUGGCAAUAUUUCAGAUAGUGAUAUACUUCCUGGCUCCCGCAACACCCUGUCUUUGUCGUUAAGCCUCAGCAUUGGUUGAAUUUGAUAUACACAUUCAGACGCACUUACCCCUGGAGGCGUCCCCAAAGUGUCACCGCAGUGACACAGCGCGAGUUCUCUCAAAAGGGAACUGUAACAAUGUAUCUUAAAAGGUAACACAAUGUAACCUUGCUCUCACUUGAAAUGUGUCCCCACAUUUAGUCCUUGAAUUUGAGGGUAUUAGACCUGGAAAGUCCUUGAAAGGUCCUUAAAUUUGAAGUUUAACUUUGUAUCUAAUGAGUGCAUAUUAGUACGUUAGAGGUACCUUAGAUGCAUAUCUGUACCGUCUUAGGGGCCGCUUUUGUACCUUUUCUUAUAGUGUAUGACUGUAAAAGAAAGCACAAGAAAGACUUGAAAGUGAAUAUCUAUUUUUCUUACUCUCAGAUUUUGUAUAAGGAUAACAUAAAUUAGAAGUGGCAGUGCAAAAUAUGUCUCAUCUAUGCUUGAUAUUAUCAAUGUGAUGCAUAUUAAAUCUGUCCCCUUACUCAAAACAAAAAAAGAGAAAACCAUUCUGGUGGUUAGUGGCUGCUAUUGAAGUGAAGAUUUGUUUUUGUGUUUGAAAACAUGCCUAGUGUGGUGUGACUGUAUAGGAUGUGUAUAGUUAAUGAAGGUGGGCGAUAUAUUCUUCAUAGAAAAUCCAUUGACCUGGUUUUGCACAAUACUUUAGUUGUAGUUUUUGUCUUUAAUUUUUUUUUUGGCCUACAUACAACUCAGAGCUCCAUUGCCUUAGACCAGACAAGCAGGAGAUUUUCAGCUGGACAUCCUGGGACGGAGUGGGUUUGCAUCCUCACCGGAUGGAAGGAGUGAUAAGUGACCGCUUGAUAACGUUCACAGAUGCCCUGAGAGACAUGUCAUCAGUGCAAUGCCGUACAAGAAAGUGAUACUCCAUGAUGUGCUGGGAGCACAUGGACAUCUGUUUGUAUGUGACACGUGUAUGUAAGGCUGUGAGAGUCUACCGUUUGUCUGUCUGUGAAUAUAUAUACAUAAAUAUGUAUGUAUAUAUAAAGUUAUGCAUCUUAUAUGUACUACAGGCAAAUAAUAAAUAGAAUUUAUGCUAUGGAA